CUCAAUAUAUCACCAUCUCUGCAUCUGGAAACGAAACAGAUGAUGUAUCAUCGAGAUGAACACCAAUUAACAGCUGACCGGGGACGACAUCUCAGCUCGCAUACAAAGCAUGUACAUCAAAUACUGGUAUAAAGUUUGAAUAGAAUGUGUAAAAGCACACAGUCAACCACCGCAGUCUCGACAAGAUCAGACACACCAGAUCCUCCGUACAACACCAAAUCACACCAACAGACAACAUGGCUCCCGUAACCGAAGUACCCCGAAAGGUCGAAUGGAACGGCAAGCAGGUUCCGGUCUACCCUAUGGAGACAAUCGACUUCUCUGCGAUCCUCUCCCAAGAGCCUGCCGAGCUGGAGAAGCUUCUCCAGUGCUGCAAAGAGCAAGGUUUCUUCUACCUGGAUCUCAACAACGUUGAUGGACGUCGGUUCAUUGACGACCACCAGGAGCUGUUGAAGCUUAUGCAUCGAUUUUUUGAGUCUCCUCUUGAGGUUAAGAACGAAUAUGGACUGAUAGCUCCUCAUCUUGGAUACGAGCCAGUUGGUUCGCGCAACGGCGUUCUCGAGGACACACGGGAUGGCUACGAGAUGGUGAAGGUAUCUCGCGAUGAGAUUCAACGCGAGUCCCCUCACAUUCCUCGCAACAUCAAGAAUAGCGGUGAUCUCAAGAUCCUUGAGAAUGCCAUCUCUGGCAACAACAUCAUGGGGAAAGCCAUUCUGGCAGCUCUCUCGACGGCGUUCGGCCUUACUGGUGCUGCGCGCUUUGAAAACUUGCAUCGCAACCACCGCCCUUCGACAAGCACUUUGUCCAUGAUGCACUAUAUCCCGUCCAACCCUGCUAAGGACGGUAACGUCGGUCACCAGAAGCAUACUGACAUCAGUUCGUUGACCGUACUCUUUACUGAGCAGUGGGGUCUCCAAAUCCGCCCACCCGGCAGCAAGGAAUUCGGCUUUGUCGAGCCCAAGAAGGGUCAAGCUAUCAUCAACGUCGGUGAUUCAUUGCGCUUCGCUAGUGGCCACACUUUCCAGUCGUGCAUUCACCGUGUUGUGCCGUACAACUACAGCGAACAUCGCUACUCCGUUGCAUACUUUCUGCGCGCUGAGGACGAGACCAUGUUCCAGGACAGCGAGGGCAGAUUCGUUACAGCACGCACGUGGCACGAUGAGAAGUUCUUGGCUUUCCUUGCAUCGCCUGCAGACCAGGCUGCUGCUCCAAGCUCUAUGUUGUUGGGCGGCAUGCAGGAGGAUGAGACUGAUGUUUACAGCCUGCCUCAACCAAAGCCUGUUGCUGCGGACGCGGCCAAGAGCUCUACUGUCGAAGUGACCACCGUUGAGAUUAGUGCUUAGUGGAAACCCCUCUGGUCCAUGUGUUCCGUGGCACGAUCUUACGAAAUGUUCCAGAUAAAUUGUAUAUAGCAAGCA